AUGGAGAACAGGACAGAAGUGACACAAUUCAUCCUGCUAGGACUAACCAAUGCCCCAGGACUACAGGUCCCCCUAUUUAUCAUUUUCAUGCUCAUUUAUCUCGUCAAUGUGGUUGGAAACCUGGGGAUGAUCAUCUUGAUUUUCUUGGACUCUCGACUCCGCACUCCCAUGUACUUUUUGCUUAAUAAUCUGUCUCUGGUGGACUUUGGUUACUCCUCAGCUGUUACUCCCAAAGUCAUGGCUGGGUUACUUAUAGGUGACAAAAUCAUCUCCUACAAUGCAUGUGCUGCUCAAAUUUUUUUUGUAGGCUUUACCACUGUGGAGAGUUACCUGUUGGCAUCAAUGGCCUAUGAUCGCUAUGCAGCAGUGUGUAAACCUCUACAUUACACCACCACCAUGACGACAAGUGUGUGUGCUUGUCUGACCAUAGGCUCCUUUAUCUGUGGUUUCCUGAAUGCCUCCUUCCAUGUUGGGGACAUAUGUAGUCUUUCUUUCUGUAAGUCCAAUAUGGUCCAUCACUUUUUCUGUGAUGUUCCAGCUAUCAUGGCUCUCUCUUGCUCUCAUAAGCACAUUAGUGAGAUGUUUCUUGUUUUUAUGUCAAGCUUUAAUGUCUUUUUUGCUCUUCUGGUUAUAUUGAUUUCCUACCUAUUCAUAUUUAUAACCAUCUUGAAAAUGCACUCAGCUCAGGGGCACCAAAAGGCUUUGUCCACUUGCGCUUCCCAUCUCACUGCCAUCUCUAUCUUCUAUGGAACGGUCAUCUUCAUGUAUUUACAGCCCAGCUCCAGCCAUUCCAUGGACACAGACAAAACGGCAUCUGUGUUCUAUUCUGUGGUCAUUCCCAUGCUGAACCCUGUGGUCUACAGCCUAAGGAACAAAGAGGUCAAGUGUGCAUUCAAAAAGGUGGUUGAGAAGCAAAUUUUUCUAUAG